UCGAAGUGACCGUCGACACUCAUUAUUUAAGUCCAGCUCACUGUUGCUGCCGACACAGAUAGUCGAGUCAGCGGUGGAAAAGGGACUCCUGCUUCUCGUCUGCGAAAUGGCCUCGUUCGCAUUGCGCUUGUGUUUUGUUCUGGCUGCUCUGCUGAUGGCAAGUUUUGUUUGUGGAACACCCUUCUUUGAAGAAAAGCCUGGCCUGUGCCCCAGGCUCAAUGCCCCCCAAAUACCUGGCCAUGAGAACCCUUGUCGCAGUGACUAUGACUGCCCAAGGGUUGAAAAGUGUUGUCUCGUUGGAUCACCUUCAGCCAACGAUAGAAUAUGUGCAGAGCCUUAUAUUGGCUGAAUGGCAACUGCUUCUGGAUUUAUAACAGUUCAGCCGAUGCAUAGAUUAGGUUUAAUAUUCAGGCACACCCACAAUCAAACAUCUUAUCUACUUUUCUUCAAAGUAACGGAACAUGUGGGGUAAAAUAUGUGCUGAUAGUAUUUGUUCAUGUUGUUAUUGGUGAUGGCUACAAAUGUAUUAACUGAAUAAUAAAGUGCUAUGAUUGUGA